UCGUAACAGUGGCAGAAGUGACACCUGCCUACGGUUAGUAAUAUACACGACGAAAGGUUUCAUUCUGUGAAGACAUAGAGAGCAAACGGUCAACUUUUAUUUACCGCAAAAGCUGAUAACCAGCGAUUAACAAAUAUCGUACAGCCACCGUUACGGACACUCGCGAAUUGUAGAAUGAAUCCUUUGACGGUCGCGAUUUGUACCUUGGCGUGCUUCAUACUCUACAACGUUAUCAAAGUGGCGGUGAAACUUUUGAAAAUAGGAUCAUUUUCCGAUUACACGUCUAAGUCUGACGGACCGCAGGGUAUACCUAUCAUAGGUCUUGCUUAUCUCUUCAUGGGCAGCGCUGAAGCUACUAUGAAGAAAAUCAUUGAUAUGGGAAAAACAUAUCCUCCAUCUUUUCAAACGUCAUUGGGAAAAAUUCCAAUCUUCGUCACGGGUAUUCCUGAACAAUUGAAGGUUGUACUUCUCAGUUCAAAAACCAUUGAGAAAAAUGAGUUUUUCGACUUUGCGCGGCCUUGGCUGGGAAACGGAAUAUUCAUAGCUCCUGCGUCAAUAUGGGAAGUGCACCGGAAACUGAUACAGCCAUCUUUCAAUUCCAUAGCCCUCAAGUCUUUCGUCGAAAUAUUUUCCGCCCAGACAGCCAUACUGGUUAAAAAAAUGGAACGUCACUUGGAUGGACCAGAAUUUGAAAUACACAAAUAUCUUUCAUUGUGUACGUUCGAUGUCAUUUGCGAAACGGCUAUGGGUAUAAAUUUAGAAGCACAAACGAAAGAGAAUUGUGACUACGGAGAGGCAGCGGACAAGGUCAUCGCUGGUAUAACCAAACGAUCUCUCAGUCCCUGGCUGUACCCGGACUUCAUUUUCUAUCGUACGCGACUUGGCAAAGACCAACAGAAGAAUAUCAAAUUUCUGCACGGGUUCGUUGACGACGUAAUACGGGCGAAGAAAGAACGAAUAAGCCAGUGUACUAGCCAAAGAGAAUCAGUUGGAAAUAAACAAGAUGCAGCCAACAGUUUGUUGAAUCAUCGCGAGAUACUGAUAGACAAUCUUAUAAAACUAUCCAACCACAAUAAGAUUCUGACGGAUGAAAUGGUCCGGGAAGAGGUUGAUACAAUGAUGGUGGCUGGCAGUGACACAACGACAGUGGUAGGAUCCUUUGUGAUUAUGAUGCUUGCUUCUCAACCAGGUGUGCAGGAAAAAGCGUACCAGGAAUUGUGUGACAUUUUUGGAGGAAAUGCAGCGGACGAUGAUAAUGGAGAACCACCCGUCACGUCAGAAGUCUUGGUGAGAAUGACCUACAUGGAAAGAGUGAUCAAAGAAACUAUGCGCUUGUUUCCAAUUGGACCCUUACUUUUCCGAAAGGCGACGGAUGAUUUGGAUUUAGGCAAUUGUACUGUACCAAAAGGAAGUACGGUCGCUCUCAAUAUUAUAGCAGUUCAUAGAAAUGAAAAAUACUGGCCAGAUCCUUUGAAAUUUGAUCCGGACAGAUUCCUACCUGAAAGAUUUGCACAACAGGAACCAUUCUCAUACUUACCAUUCAGUGGCGGUCCAAGAAAUUGUAUAGGAUCGAAGUACGCUAUGAUGUUAAUAAAGACAUUCACAACGAUGAUUCUUCGAAGAUACGUUUUAGCAGUGGAUAAAGCGACACCAGUGGAAGAUGUACGAUUGAAGAUGGAAUUUAUGAUGAGGCCCGCGGUCCCAAUCGCAAUUAGGAUCAAGAGACGCAUAAGAUUUUUGAGGAGCCAAGUAUGCCCCAUUUGGCUCGAGAGACAAAAUAAUAUCGUUACAUAUUUACGUGUGGAGAACGAUUAUACCAGACGUCCCUUACCGAGACUCGCGAAUACCAAAAUGGACCCUUUGACGGCAGCGAUUUGUGUGGUGGCGUGCUUUAUAUUCUACAAUAUUAUCAACGUUGCGAUCCAGCUUUUGCUAAUCGGACCUCUCUCUGAUUAUGCACCUAAAUCAGAAGGGCCACGAACGUUGCCUUUUAUAGGCGUCGCGUAUCUAACGUUGGGCGGCACCGAAGUUACUUUGAAAAGGAUCCUCGAAGUGGGAAAAGCGUAUCCUCCAUGUUUCAAAACCUCAAUCGGCAAUAUUUCAAUCUUCGUUACGGUUAUUCCUGAACAACUGAAGGUACUGUUUCUCAGCUCAAAAACCACAGAAAAAAACGAGUUCUACGACUUCGGGCGGCCCUGGCUGGGAGAUGGAUUAAUCACGGCUUCUGGGUCUGUAUGGAACGUGCACCGGAAGCUGAUUCAGCCAUCUUUCAAUCACAUGAUUCUGAAGUCUUAUGUAAAUACAUUUUCCGCCCAGUCAUCCAUAAUGGCCAAAAAACUGGAGCGGCACUUGGAUGGGCCAGAAUUUCAAAUACAUAAAUACCUUUCACUGUGUACGUUGGACGUCAUAUGCGAAACGGCUAUGGGUAUAAAAUUAGAGGCACAGACGAGCGAGAGUUGUGACUUCGGAGAGGUGGUAGAAAACGUAAUUUCAGGAGUGGUCAAACGGAUUACCAGUCCCUGGCUGUAUCCGGACUUUAUUUUCUACCGAACGCAACUUGGCAAGGAACAACAGAAGAACAUCAAGUUUCUGCAUGAGUUUUCUGACAAUAUAAUACGAGAGAAGAAAAAAGAAAUUCACAAGCGUAUGAGUCAAAGGGAAUCAGCCGACAAUGAACAAGUUGCAGAUAGCUCGUCGACACACUUUGAGACAUUGAUAGAUGGUCUUCUGAAACUAUCCAACGACAAUAAGAUCCUGACAGAUAAAGCGGUCCGGGAACAAGUCGAUACAAUGAUGACGGCUGGCAGUGACACAUCUGCAAUAACAGCAUCCUUUUUGAUGAUGAUGCUAGCUUCUCACCCAGAUGUUCAGGAAAAAGCAUACCAGGAAUUGACUGGCAUAUUUGGAGGAGAUUCAGCAUACGAUGACAGUGGAGAGUUACAGAUCACGCCUGAAGCCUUGUCAAGCAUGAUAUACAUGGAAAGAGUGAUCAAAGAAACUAUGCGCCUCUUCCCAGUUGCACCUAUAAUCUUCCGGAAGCUGAGCGACGAUUUGGAUUUAGAUCAGUAUACUCUGCUGAAAGGAAGUACGGUCGCUCUCAACAUUAUAGGAGUCCACAGAAGUGAAAAGUAUUGGACAGAUCCGUUAACAUUCGACCCGGACAGAUUCUUACCUGAAAGAUUCGCGAACCAACGACCAUUCUCCUACUUACCGUUCAGUGGCGGUGCAAGAAAUUGUAUCGGAUCGAAGUACGCUAUGAUGUUCUUAAAGACAAUUGCAGCAACGAUUCUUUGGAAAUACGUUAUAAGACAGGAUAACGUAAUACCAGACAAAGAUGUACGGAUAAAGAUAGAAUUUCUGUUAAGACCCGUGAUUCCUAUCUCAGUAAGGAUCGAGAGGCGCACACGGAAGCAUGAUUUUGCUUAAGGCAACAUUAAUCAUACAUGUUUCAGAAUCGAGGUAUACGAGCUUCGUUAGUUUGUUACCGAGGAAAAAUAUCGUUACGCAUAUGGUUUCGGAAAAGAAUUAUUUCGAGUUGCGGGAGAAGUUUACCACUUUUAAUGUUAAUUAUUAUGAGUAUAUUUUGUGAUUUUCAUUCGAAAUAAAAAGGAUUGCAGUAAGAA